AUGGCUCAGGGACCGGUGUGUUCUGGAUGCCAGCGGAUCAUCACGGACAGAUUCCUGCUCAGAGUCACUGACAACCUCUGGCAUGAGCAGUGCGUGCGAUGCGCAGAGUGCGGGGACGAACUCACCGACUCCUGCUUUCUGCGGGACCAAAAACUGUACUGCAGACGGGACUAUGCUGAUCUGUUUGCAGUACGCUGUGGGGGCUGCUUGGAGGCCGUCUUCCCUGCAGAGUUGGUGAUGCGUGUAGGAGCCACUGUGUUUCACCUGCGCUGCUUCACCUGCAGCGUUUGUUCCUGUAGCCUGCAGACCGGAGACCGCUGCAUCCUCAGGGAUGGACAGAUACUGUGUGCCAGAGAAGACUACCACCAGGGUCUGACCAGUCCCACCUCAUCUGAAUCAAGUAAAAACUUUGUCAUUAUAUUUAAAGAUGUGCUGCUGUGUCUUUUUUGUAAAAGUGAGGAUGAAGAGGAGGAAGAAGAGGGUGAGGAAUCUACCAAAGUAAAAGGCAACCAGAACAGACCAGAAGACCUGGAAAGCAAACGACCUAAAAGACCUCGGACAAUUCUGACGACUCAACAGAGACGAACUUUUAAAGCCUCCUUCGAAGUCUCAUCCAAACCUUGCAGAAAGGUCAGGGAGACCUUGGCUGCAGAAACUGGGCUCAGCGUCCGGGUUGUUCAAGUCUGGUUCCAGAACCAAAGAGCCAAAGUAAAAGAGCACACAUACAUGCGCAUACAAACACACACACACACUCACAGAGCCCUAUGCACUAAUAAAGAGACUCUUUUAUGCCUGGAUAGAAAUCAGCCAGCAUAUCUUCUCAUACAGGAAACUGAUGACAUCUCAUUGCCCUCUGCUGGGGAAUUAACUUCUAAAAUGGAGCGUCUGGGGUUUUCUCACAUUCAGCAGCAGCAGAUGGGACUGACCUCACUGGAACCACAGGACUACGACAUGGAUCCCUACAGGCAGGGCCUGACCCCUCCUCAGAUGCCAGGGGAUCACAUGCACCCCUAUGGCUUUAAAGACCUUUGUGGGGACAUUGACCGCAGCCCUCUUUGUCACCUGACUGACAGUGACUGUCACUCUCUGAGUGGCUCCUCUCUACUGACUCCUAUUGACUGUCUCUACUCCAUGCAGGAUUCUUAUUUCACCUCUUGAGAGGGACCACUGGACUCAGUAAUGGUCAGACUCUGGCGUUACACAUCACUUUCUUGUCUCACGAUUAUCUUCUCAUGGAAGCAGCUGCUGUGUUGGAGCCGUUACAUUUUUCUUAGUGGAAAUGUAGCAGCAGUAAUCAUUUAUCUGUUUUGCCUUUGGCAGGAUCUCAAAGUCAAGAACCACAAAGAUAGCUGCUCUUAGCCACUUAGCAGGAGCUAUGUGUAAUUUCAAUAAAUGUAAACAAAGUGAUAAUUCAAAUGCGUCUAGAUGAAACAUUUUCAGUUAAUGUUUUCUCAGAAAAAUAAAACAGCACUCUGUUGAUAUACACCAACAUCUGAAAUCACAUCAAAGAUAUACUGAACAAAGCUUUUUUUUAAAAAAUAUUUUCUUAGUUUUUCAUCAAAUUAUCUUAAGUCAGUAUUGAUUGAUUCAGUACAACAAUUCACAAAAUCCCUAAAUAGUAUAAAAGGCACUAGCAGGUGCUCAUGAACUGAGAACAGUUGAAACACAGAGAUCAAACUUCCAUCUAGGAAAUCAAGACUUUUAUGUUACAAAAUAAUAUUGUGGGCAGAAUUGUACCAAAUCUGUAGUGAUUAGGCUUCUAAAUUGUACAUCCUCCAUGUGCAUGUCUACGUAGUCAUUAUUAGAGAAUAGGUUUUACAUCUGCAUCUGUGAAUGUGAAGAACUGUUUGGGAGUGUAUUUAUUCUUACAACGUGUGCAUGUUCAUCCUGGAUGAAUCAGCGAUGGUCAAUAAAUGAUGUCAUUAUGCAGUAGAUAGUGGGUUUUUUGAAGUGUUGAAACUGUGGAAUUCAACCAGUGAAGGUUAGUCUGGGGUCAGUCCUUCCUUCUGGGUUUAUCAGUCCCAUCUUGGUGACGGGUCACUGAGGCAUCUUCUCCUGGCUGUUGGGUGGAUCAUCAGAUUGUAAAACGCAGGGCUGUGACAGCAGCAUGGGUCAGUGGCAGGUGAGCAUCACAUCCACGCCGCCGUCAUCAACGCUCACAUUGUGCUCCUCGAUGUCGAAAACCCUCGCUGCAUUUUUCUGCCCUGGGGGACCACCCAGGCUCCGGGCCCAGCUGGAAUGCUCCAGUCCAGGGAGAGUUUGAGAAAACCCAGGGCAGUGGUUCAAGACAGCGGAGCAACUGAAAGCUGUGUCGGGGGAGAAUGCCCAGGGUGACACAGAGAUAUGAAGCCUCACUGUAUGGUGUGCCUCCUUGCCCCAGCCGUGAACCCUCUGCUGGACCCGGCUCAUAUUUCCCACUAUGAAAUCAGACCUUGAAGAGCGAUGGGUCCAAGUCAAUGGUCAGGAACAAUCUAACUGUCUGUCACUGGUAUGCUGCUGGUAUGCUCCUGCCAGGCCGAACUAAAAAAGUGUGCAGCAGAGUGUACUGUGUGUAAAUCUGCCUGUGUAUCUGUGUCGCUAUCUGCUCUGCUGGCAUGUGCAUGUGUGUGUGCUCGUGUUAGGAGGAACAACUCUCUUUGUUGUAGUUUUAUGUAUCAUAAUGCACUUCCUUGUGCUUUCGGAGGUAGCCGAGCAAAGAGAGGAAAAAAAAAAACAGGGUAAAAUAUCAAGAAAGGGAGCCAAAGGGGUCACCUGCAGGGUCUCUCCCCCCCGUGUGUAUUGAGCUGUGCAGUGUUGGCACAAACCUCAGAUACUGUUGCCAACUGCAGUGGGUGGGAUGAGAAAAAAAAUCUAAACCAUGAUCAUACGGUCACAGUGGGUAGCAAUAACCUCAUUAUUAUUCUAAUGGUAGCCAAACAGUUUCCUGUCAACAGUUCGGUUAUUUAUUGCACCCUUCAUGCCAACGGUGGGCCACACACCCUCUGUCUGUUUAACCACUAUAAUUGGCUUCAUGCUGCUGCAGCUCAGCAGCAGAUGUAUACCUUUGCUGAAGAUGCUCUAGCAUUUCAGCAUUUUCUUUUUUUGACGAGCUCUACAAGGAAGUCACAUCAACAUUUUUACCAGUACGACACAGUCAGGACAGAUUAGGAGUGUUAUGUGGUAAACAGUUUCAAAUGCAUUGCAGUAAUCAAGGAAUAUUGCAGCUAGUUGAUGUUUUUGUCAUACUGAGGGGCGUGUAAUAUUUUUGGGUCAUGACUGUACAAAACAUAAUAUAAUUAACCUUUUACUCAUGAUCUAAAUUAGUCAAACUUUAAACCAUGACCAUACUCGUCCUCAGGAUGUUGGAUCAGGGCCAAGUGUGUCACAUAUUGACACUGUUGAUCAAUCACCGUCUCCACUGCUCAGUGACAGGAGAGUGUGCCAAACCUCAGUCACUUUAGUCUCUGACGUCCACUUUCCUAGCUGACCUCGCGGUUAUGGUUAACAUAAGUGGAUCAGUGCAGGUAAGAACACCUGCUACAGAGUUCACAGAGAAGACCAGGUCUCCUUGUACUGUCACAGGUCAGUACAUCGUGCUAUAAAUCAAAACCAAACCUGAUUCUUAUUAUUGUACAUGUUUAAAGUGCAGGAGUGAUCGAGCAUGAGUUCAAAAAAUAAAUACAGAAUGAUAAUUUAAUUGCUACAUUAAAAUGUAUUAUAUAUUUUGCUAUAAAUGUCUGUGUUAGAAAUAGAACAUUGGCUGAUGGAGUGGAACAGUGAUGUGUUUCCUGCCUGCCCUGUAGAAAGUUAAGGGUUUAAUUCCACUUGGUUUCUGAACAUGUGAGGGUUGUUAGGGCUGUCUGUGUUUCCCCUUCCUGUCUUCUCUGCUGGGUGGAGUAAUCAGUGUGAUCACACUCACCUGUGUCUCUGUGAUCAGUCUCACUGGUGUCACCUGGUGCCCUGGGUACACAGUAUACACCUCUAUCCCUCACUCUGUCUGGGUUGGACCAUUGUUCUGUCUGUUUGUGUGACUCAGUCCAAGGGGUUUGAGAAGUCCAGGAGUUUUUGAGAAGGUCCAUGAUGUUUGGUGAAGAACCUGCCUGUGUUCAGUGUGUUAUGCCUGAGAGACAUUGUUGUUCUUCCACGCUGUUUGGAAAUGAGCGUGCCUGUAAUCGAUGCUUCAUUGCUUUGCAUUUUAAUGGUUGCACUGUAAAUAAAUCACCUGCUGCACCUGAAGAUUCUCCUUAGUGCUGCAGUUGGGUCCGACGUGCUGCAUGCCUUGCCCACACGUAACAAGAUGCCACCUCGGGAAAUGACAGACUGUUUCAGACCUCUUUCAUGAACCCCAAAGUAUUUUUCUUCAAUAUCAGAGCACAGUCACCUCCUUUAUAUGGGAUCAAUGUGUUUUUACG